AUGGGAUUCCCGGAGUCAUGGACGUGUCUUAUUGAGAGAUGCAUUGGAACAUGCUGGUUUUCGGUCCUCAUUAAUGGAGCCCCGGCGGGCUUUUUCAAAUCAACAAGAGGGCUACGGCAAGGGGACCCCAUCUCCCCGGCGCUCUUUGUGCUUGCCGCCGACUACCUUUCGCGUGCUCUCGAUAAGCUGAUCCUGGGGAAGAAAGAGAUGACGUUCAAAGCCACCCGGGGAUGCAUGGAAAUCAGCCAUCUUGCCUAUGCGGACGACAUAAUCAUUUUCACUCAAGCAGCCCCAACCUCCCUCCGAAGACUGAAAGGAUGCUUGGACCAUUAUGCAGAGGUGUCGGGCCAACAAAUCAAUUUGUCCAAGAGUAAUUUUUACAUUGCCGAUGUCCAUGAAGAAUGGGCAAGCUCAAUUCAAAACGAGGGUGGCUUUUCCCAAGGUACACUCCCCUUUCUAUACCUUGGUGUUCCUAUAUACCGUGGGGCGAAGCGAACUGAUAUGUUCAUGUUCUUGCGAGAGAAAAUUGCGGCUAGAAUAUCGGAAUGGGCACACCGACACCUCUCCUUUGGGGGAAGACUCACGCUCAUCAAGAGCACAUUGGAGGCGGUCCCAAUUCACAUAUUCCAAGCUAUCGAGCCCACUUGUGGUGCCCUCAAGCAACUAGAUCAACAGUUGGCGCAGUUCUUUUGGGGAUCGACUAGUGAGAAGAAUAGAACCCACUGGAUCAGAUGGGAUCAAGCGUGCCUCCCCACGGCCGAAGGAGGCCUUGGCAUUCGUAAGUUUAAGGAGGUGCUUCGAGCAUUUAGUCUCAAAUUGUGA